AUGCGCCGCGCUCGCCGCGCCGAGCUCGUCUCGCUGACGCCGCGCCAAGCCUCCGCCUGCCAGCCUGAGCGCAAGGUCGUAUUUUUCGUCGCCGGUGCUGGCUUGAGCGCCAUGUUAAUUCUCACAUGGGUCUGGAUCUGCGAGAAUCUCUGCUCGAUCUGCUCUUCUAUGGCGAUGAGAAGCGGUGGGGAAGAGAUGGCGGCCGCCUGCUCCAACCUGAAUCGAGUCCAUCGGCAGGCAGCGAUGUGCGGUACUGGAGCACAGAGGUCAACGGCGCCGAUGCACUGUGCUGGCCGGUACUGUCUGCUCACCGCCCCCAGCCUCGCGAGGUGCCUCUCCGCCCAGGCCGUCUCCACCUCACCUGCCCCUGCACCCCAUGGUACCCUGUCAAUUAUGCAUUUUAUAAGGGAUAUUGCAUUCCCUAAAAGGGCAUCAAAAUUUUCUGUCCAGUUUUCAGAUUACAGGGCACAUACUUCUGUGGUUAUGCAACCUGGUACAUAAAGUCCUGUGAAACAAGACUGUUGGUAAAGAGGGCAAGGUUCUAUGUGUUACAUUUUCUAUUCUCCUUUUAUUUUACAAAUUUGGUUCCCCAACCAUCUAACGACAGCAAGUUAUCACUUGCUUGUGGAGCACCCACUUAAUUAUGAAUGGCUAUAUUUUCAAACUAGUAUCUGAUUUGCUCCUUUGUUGUGUAUUCCCAUGUUAGCACUGCCGAGAAAGCAUUUCCAGGUGACACUGCCGGGAAAGCACUGCCGAGAAUUGGGAGAUGUGCGGAGAUCUAGUGUAAGUAUGAAAAUGAGCAGGUCAUUGAUGUUGCUUCGGCUGACGCAAGCUCAUCCUUACCAUAUCAGGUGCUAAUGCAAUGGAAAGAUUGGAUCAGAGCGACUAUAGCAACAGUACCUUCUUCAGGUAACAAUUCACGGACGACGACGACGAGCUCGUUCAGGAGAGGACAGUGAGCAUGUUCAGGGGAGGACGAAGAUCUUGUCCAGGGAGCAGAGGAGCUCGCCCUCGCAGCAGCCGGCGGCGCAGUUGCGCAGGGAAGAGGUCGAUCCGUCGAGGACAAGGACGAGCUCGGCAGCAGGGCCACGAGUGGGCUAGCGGCGAGCCUGAGCCCUGAGGAGCAGUAGCGCAGCGGAGGAGCAGCGACGCACCGCAGGACCAGCAGUCGCAGCGCCGGAGGGAGAUCGUGGCCGGCGGCGUGGUGCUGCUAGCUGG